UUUAUUUUAGACGACAAAUCUUAAUCUCAAACUCGCUGCCUGCGAAAUAGCUUACCUCCAAAAAUUCCUUCCAAACAAAGUGCCCUCUCCUCUCCACUAUUCCCACCGUCUCCAGAAAGGAUAAUGAUGGAUGGUGAUUCAACUGUUCCUGAUCAAAAUGUAGAAACCUCUUUGGUGAAAUCUAUGGGUCGGGUCACCAAUGUAUAUAUUUGGGACAUGGAUGAGACCCUUAUACUGCUGAAGUCUUUAUUGUAUGGGACUUAUGCGGAGGCUUUCAAUGGCUUAAAGGAUGUGCCUAAGGGGGUAGAAAUUGGGAAGCUGUGGGAGAAACACAUUCUUCGACUAUGUGAUGAAUUAUUCUUUUAUGAGCAAAUUGAAAACUAUAAUAUGCCAUUUCUUGAUGCCUUGAGCCGAUAUGAUGAUGGGCGAGAUCUUUCUGACUAUGAUUUCAACCAAGAUGGAUUUAGUUCUCCUUAUGAUGAUGCCAACAAAAGAAAACUAGCAUACAGACACCGAGUCAUAGCCAAUAAGUACAAACAGGGUUUGCCUGAUGUUUUUGAUCAGGAGAUGAAGAAAGUAUGGGAUGAGUUGUAUGACUUGACUGAUGAGUACACAGAUAGAUGGCUCUCUUCAGCACGGGAGUUCUUGGAGGAAUGUUCUGGAAGGAAGGAAGACCCAGUGCCCUGUCUUGCAUCUGGUGGUGUUAUGGUCAACCAUACUGACAGCAAAUUUGAGCACAUAAAUGUGUUAGUGACUUCUGGAUCAUUGAUACCCAGUCUUGUCAAGUGUUUACUCUUUCGGCUUGACAAUUUGAUAACACAUGGAAAUGUGUACAGCUCAUGGGAAGUGGGGAAACUCCAAUGCUUUCAGUGGAUCAAAGAUCGUUUUAACAGUCCAAAUUUCCAUUUUUGUGUGAUUGGGGAUGGAUACGAAGAGUGUGAAGCUGCACAGGUCAUGCGAUGGCCAUUUGUUAAGAUUGAUCCCUGUCCUGGCAGUGGUCACAGAUUUCCAGGCCUGACUUUGAGAACUGUAGGCUACUAUUUUGAUGUGGUUUAUGGGAGCUCUGAUCCUGAAAAUGAAGAAGAUGAGUCAUCAUCUCAUCUGUAAUGCAUAAUAUAUAUGUUGCAGGAUAAUUUUCUGUAUUCUCAAAGUGACAACAGCAUGGAAAUCAUGUAUAUCAAUGAUAUGGAUAUUGAUUGUUCAGAAAAGAAAUGAGGAAUUUUUUGUUUUCUUUUUGCCA